AUGUCCGUGGUUAUUGUUACUGGUGCGCUGAGAGGCAUUGGCCGGGCCAUUGCCGACGUCAUUCUCGCUGAUGUUAAUGCCAAAGUGGUGGCGGUGGCUCGUUCUCAGGACAAGCUCGCCGACUUAUCCAACGCCUACCCUGGCCGCGUCGCCGUGGUUGCCGGCGAUGUCACCGACCACCAGGUGCUGGUGAAGGCGGUGGAGACGGCGGUGUCUCAAUACGGCAAGCUUGACGCCGUGGUGUUGAACGCCGGUGUCAUUGAGCCCGUGGGCGCGAUCGACGCCGUCCUGGUGGCCAAGUGGCGCCAGCACUUCGAUGUCAACGUGUUCUCGUUGGUCGACCUCAUUGCCACGGCGAUGCCCGAGCUCCGCAAGCUGCACGGCCGCAUUGUGGCGGUGCUGCUGGGAGCGUCCACCCACCACUACACCGGGUGGUACGCCUACGGGUGCGGCAAGGCUGCCGUCAACCACUUGAUCAUGUCGAUCGCCGAGGAAGAGCCCGACGUCACCGCGAUCCUGAUUGCCCCCGGGGUGGUUAAGACCGACAUGCAAUCGGACAUCCGCACCAAGUGUGCCGACGGCAUGGGUGACGACGCGCAAAAGUUCCACGACUUGCACGCCAACAACCAGUUGCUCGAGCCCGAUGUCCCCGGUACCGUGUACGCCAAGUUGGCGCUCAACGGGUGGGACAAGCUGCUCAACGGCCAGUACUUAAGAUUCAACGACGACGCGUUGAAAGCCUACCAAAAGUAG